AUGUCUAGUGUUUUCAGAAAAUUCACAGACUAUCUCUGGUAACUUCAUGUUGAUUCUUUUUAAUUAUUUGUACAUUAAUUGAUAUUUAUAAAUUAUUUGUGGGUUACUUAUUUGUUAACCUUGUCAUCUACUCAAAUGUCUUAAAACAUUAUAUUUGUGAAGCAAGCUGUUUCUUAUCCAUUAAUUCUGAACUGAUGGAUUUUUCCUCUAUCGAGCACUGUCUCUCAAUAUUAUUGAAGUUAACAAAAUUAUUGAUUAUGGACUAAAUUGACGUUUUUUAAAGAAACUUUAACGAAUUUAUUGUUAAGGUUUUGUUUCAAUUUUUAUUUAUACUACGUUGAUCAAUUUUGCAAGAACAAACCAAAAUUAACACAUAAAAUUGGCCGGUAAUGAAUCUUCAAGAGUUACUACAGGAAUUCAAUCCUAGUAAUUUCGUGGUAUACACCUGUCUCCUGUUAUUUAGCAUUCUAUUCGCUUUUCGACUAGAUGGUACCAUAACUAUAAGCUACUGGCUUGUUUUCAUGCCUUUAUGGAUCUGGAAAUGUUUAGUUAUCCUUGGUGCGGUGAUCGGCUCUUUAGUAUGGAUUAAAAAUCCUGAAUACAGGCUCAGUGAAUCAUCCUACAUUCACUUUAAAUCUAUGCUAAUCAGUUUAUCUCUUCAAUUAUUACUUCUUAUGUUUGAAUUGCUUGUCUGUGAUAAACUCGAAUCUGGUAGACACAUGUGGAUACUGGCAUUUAUCCCGUUGAUAUUUAUUUCUCUCCUUUCAACAGCCAUUUGUAUUUGGGCCUUCAAAAAUGAUCGUGCCUUUGAAUUGGAAGUUUUCUGUGCAGUUAACGUGCUUCAAUUUGUUUUCAUUGCACUUCGUUUAGAUCGUUUUAUUAAUUGGUCCUGGGUAGUUGUUUUUGUUCCUUUCUGGAUUGUAAUGUGUCUCGCCAUCAUUGCUGUUCUGUAUGCUCUCAUAUUUGCUGCAAUUUUAUUAAGAACUCCUGAGGUUGCCAUAGAGCAACGAAAAGCCAGCAUACAUUCAGCCAUUUCUUACUCUUUAGUGGUUAUUCCACUCCUCAUUUUUCUGGUUCUACUUUCCAACAAAUUGGACACCACGUCUGAUUACGCCUUCCCACCUCUUCGACCCACUCUUCUUCACGCUCCCAUCAUCGAUCAUAUUAGACCAUCUUACUUUACGAUUUGUAUUCCUCUCUAUUUUGCUUUUCUUAUUCUUAUUUGUCUCUCUUUCAAUAGUAAGGGAAACAAUCAAUGGUGGUUUGGCAUGAGGAAAGACUUUUGCAGUUUUCUUCUCUCUGUUUGUCCAUGUUUAAGAGAGUAUGGAAACAUUUCCUUCAAUAAACAAAACAAUAGUUUAAGUAGUCCCCAUGGCAGUCAGAGUGCAAUUGAAUCUGAUCAAGUUUCUGCUGGCAAUCCUGCGACUGGUUCCAGUGAAAAGAGUCGAUUCAAAAUGAACCAUAAGAAAAUAAUGAUGCCGAUUAUGACACUUGAAUCGCCUGAUUAAUUAAAUUAAAUAAUUAUUUAUUUCAUAAACUUUCCGUCGAGUAUUGAAGGAUCUGCUGUAAUACUGACUGAAAUAAUGAUGAGCGACAAAUACGAAAACAAGAGGCAAUGUUUUGAUGUCUAGACUGAACUAACUUCAUCUAUUGGUUUUAAUGGAAAGAUAAUGUAUGGAAUAUUAACUAACAUCGAGACGGACAAAUCGCAAAAAUGUAUCAACUGGUCACCAUGUUUAUCUUCAUUUUCAUUAACAAUACCAACCCUUUGUACCUCAUUUUAUGCAAAUGGUCUGCUUGUAAAUUUAUUUUGACUUGGACUACACUAAAUAUCCAAAUCAAAUCAUUUAGAUUAUGUUGUAUGCAUAAACACAAUACCCAUCUAUUCAAGGUUACACACAAAUUAUAACUUAAUAAACAAUGAACAUCAAUAACAUCAA